UCUGGAAGUUGUUAUUUUUUUGCAUUUUUUCAUAAUAGUAAGGCUCAUUUCUCAUGUUUACUUUCCUCUCUGAUCACAGGAAGAUGCUCCAAUCUCUGGGAAGACCAGAGCUCCACAUGGCCCUGGAGGUGACCAUCGUGAGUGGUUCAGGUCAGGAACAUGCCGGGUGUUUGCUGCUGACCUCUGAGGUUCUGUUUGUGGUCAGUCUCAGUGAGGACACACAGCAGCAGGCUUUUCCCAUCACAGAGGUGGAGUGUCAGCAGGAACCAGGUCAGGAAGCCGAACUCAGCCUCACACUUCAGCAGCAGACAGUCUCCAGUGACACAGAGGGGGACGGUGUUCGUGAGCGCCUGUCAGAGCUGCAGUAUCGACGUCUGGUGGAUUACGUGAUCAGAGCCUCCCAAUUCCUUUCUCCGUCUGUUGCGUCUCUCCAGCUGCAGCCUCCGGUGACUCUCGCUGAGCCUCCACCUUCUGCCUGCAAGUCCUACCGCUACCUGGUAGAUCCUGCGUUCUCCAAGGUGUUUGUCAGUAAGUUUAACAUGGUGAAGAGUAGGGCUCUGCGCAUCGGGUUCCACUGAUAAACUUCCUGUCAGGGGCUACAUCCACACUAAUGUUUUUCUGGAUAAGAAUCUCAUCCAGUCUCACUUGGUUCAGUUGGCCUUGACUUGUUGAUUUGUCACAAAGUGCUUUUCCUCCAGAAGUAAACAAACAGCUUUAACCAAGGCAAGGUUUAGGUCCAUGGUACUAACAGCAUUCUGAGGGGAAUAAAUGAAGAGAUUAAAUGUAAGUUAAAGCUGGUUAAUUCCUGUCAGAUCAAAUAUAUUAAAACAACGUACAGAUUAACUGCAUUACAAUUGAUAGAUGUUAACAGAGUAACAACAAGGACAGAGUCCACACAGCCACUGUAAAUACUGUUUGUCACAGUCCUUGGUUGUUGCACUCUUGGAAAAACAGUACCUCUGUGGUUUCCACUGGUGUCAGAAUUUAAAGACAUCAAUUAAAAGAUAAAACAGAAGUGUGGUUGUAGCCAAAUACCGAUGUGAUUAGCCUUAACAAUGGAUAACACUGUAAUGUUUUCUAAACAAAAAAAAAGUUAGGAAAUACAUUUUUUACCAUUUAAAUAUAUUUUAUUGGUUAUAUACUGUAUGUAUGUAUAUUAUAUAUAGAUCUAUCUUUCUAGACUUAUAUCUUGAUAAAGCUUUUCCAGAUUUAUCCAGAACAAUAUAGUCUAGAAAAUAUUAGAAAAUGUAUUUCUGUCCAGAUAAACUCAGAAGAACUUAUAGGCUAAGUCUUUCUGGAUUUAUCUAAAAUGUCUUUGGCUCUUUCUAGAUAGAUCUAGAAAGAACUAAUCUGGGGGGGGGGGGGGCAGGAUUUGUCUGGACAGGUUUCUGGUGUAAUCUUUUUUUCUGGAUACAUCUAGAAUAACUCUUCUAGAGCCAUCGAUCUAGAUAGAUAUAAAAUCAAAUAGAUGUGACAUCAGUUUG